AUGAAGGUUGCCAGUGGUUUCGCAGGCUUCAGCUGUAUCGCUGCGGCACUGUUAGGCAGUGCCUCGGCGGCAAGUUACGAUGACAUUCCUGAGAUUGAGGUCUACGGACAGCACUUCUUCUACACAAACAACGGGUCGCAAUUCUACCUCAAGGGUGUCGCAUACCAACAGAAUUACUCGCCCAAUGGCUCUACCAGCGCCAACACCAGCUACACUGACCCGCUGGCUGAUGGGAAUGCAUGCAGGAGGGAUAUCCCAUACCUGAAGCAGAUCUACACCAACAUCCUGCGUGUAUACGCCAUCGACCCAACGAAGAACCACGAUGAUUGCAUGGCGCAAUUGGCCUCGGCGGACAUCUACGUGGUAGCCGAUCUGGGCGAGCCCGGCACAUCAAUCAUGUCGGACGAUCCUGAGUGGGACGUCACUCUUUACCAACGCUACACUGGUGUCAUUGAUGCGCUUUCCAAGUACAAGAACGUGGUUGGCUUUUUCGCUGGUAACGAGAACGUCAGCGCUGCUAACCAGACGGCUGCUGCCGCGUUCGUCAAGGCCGCCGUCCGCGAUGCUAAGGGAUACAUUUCUUCCCAGGGUUACCGCAGCACACUUGGUGUAGGCUAUGCAACAGCCGAUGUGCCUACUCGUGACGAGCUGGCACACUACUUUGCUUGUGAGCCUGGCAACUCCGGCAACUCCACCCAGAUCGAUUUCUGGGGCUACAACGUCUACUCGUGGUGUGGCGACAGCAGCUACUCAGCUUCCUCAUACGGCGAGCGCGUCGACUUCUUCUCCGACUACCCCGUCCCAGUCUUCUUCGCCGAGUAUGGCUGCAUUGUAGGCAUCGAUGGUGGCCCCACUCACCGACCCUUCACAGAAGUACAGGUCCUCUUUGGCAACAUGACCAGCGUGUUCUCCGGCGGUAUCGUCUACGAAUGGUUCAUGGGUACCAACGACUACGGACUUGUCGAGCUUACCUCCAAUGAUGCCUCUGUAUCCCCCUACCCCGACUUUACUUCCCUGCAGUCACAGCUCGCAUCUAUCAGCCCGACAAUUACCAUGCGUAGCACCUAUACGCCUACCAACUCUGCGCCUGCAUGCCCUACUGUCGGUAGCUCAUGGCAGGCCGAAGCCUCGCCCCUCCCUCCUAGCCCGAACAACCAGCUCUGCUCCUGCAUGGCAGCCUCGCUGCAGUGCAACAUCAAAUCCACCAACGAAGAAGACUACGCCGAUGUCUUCAACUACAUUUGUGGAGCGAACGAAGACUUUUGCGCCGGUAUCUCUCGCAAUGCCACUACCGGCACAUACGGUGGAUACUCAGGCUGUGAUCCCAAGGACCAGCUCGCAUGGGUCGCCAACCAAUACUACCUUGGCAAUGGCAAGAGCAGCUCGGCCUGUGCUUUCAGUGGCAUGGCAACUGUGCAGACCGCAGCUACCGCGAGCACCUGCUCAAGUAUUUUGGCGGCUGUUGGCACAGCUGGAACCAACACGGCAGCCAGUCCGACAGGAAAGGGAAGCGCAGGUGCCACUAGCGCCGCGGCUUCGACAAGCAAGGGUGCAGCUGCUGGGCUCAACGGACCCAGGGCAGUUGAGCACGGUGGACUGAUCAUGGGUCUUUGGACUGCUGUUGCGGCUGGUAGCUUGCUCGGCAUGCUUGCCUUGUAA